GCACUACGCCGUGUUUGAAUUCUUUGCGAGAAGGCAGCCUCCUAGCAUUAUCCCAUUCCAGCUACUCCUAGAGCUGUGUCUGUGUGUAUAUAUACCCCCUACCCUCCCCCUGGCCCUGGCAAAGGUCGUGAAGGAAAGCAAAGCAAAGCAAAGCAAGAGGAGCAGAGGAAGAAUAUAUCCAUCAUCCACACACCCCACACACAUACCUUGUUCUCCGGCGUUUCUUGCUGGGCAUCCAGAAAUCUCCUCGGAGUUGCAACAAGCAUGGGCGGGUUCAGCGGCGCUACGGGUCUCGCGGUGUACCGCGAAGAGGACGACGAGGAGCUGUUCGAGACAUCGUCUUCGAUCUCCGGCGGCGACUCCGAGGACGAGGACCAGUUCUCCGACGGAGAAGAGGGCGCCGGAGCUCUGGAGCACCACCAGUUUACGCAGCAGUCGCAGCAGCAGCCGGUGCGGAGAUUGAAUUCGGACAGCCUCUACGAUCUGUCGUCUAUGAUGGCACAGCUCCCUGUCAAGAAAGGGCUGUCCAAAUACUAUGACGGCAAGUCCCAAUCGUUCGCGUGUAUGUCUGAAGUGAGGUGCCUGGAGGAUCUGCGCAAGAAAGAGACGCCCUACAAGAAGAUGAAGCCAUCCAGGAGUUAUGUGGCAUUAGACGAAGAGCAGGACUGUCAUGUGCCGGGUCCUAACAGCAGGGGUUCUUGCGCGAAUCUGGUGGCUCGGAAGAACAGCAAAAACAUGCUCUACAGACCUCCCGCAAUCCCUGUAAACAAGAGUGGAUACCAUCAGUAGGCUCUAGGACAUGACUGUGUUUCUAUCCAGGGUUUCACCUCUGUUCUUUUUUUUUGUCCUUUCAUUUAGAGGGAUUUUGUUGACAAGCGUAUUGGCCUGUCUCAGUUGUAAGAGGUUUUCCUUCUCUGCUCUCAAUAGAGUAUCUCCUGUCUUGUUCAUGAGACAUUGAUUCAUGUAAAUAACUGUGAUCCUGUAGCCA